CCUGAGCGGGAAUCCGGCACAGCAUCCUCAGUCCUUCCCGGGCGGAGGCCUCCCCUCUCUGGAUGCCGCGGCCCCUCCCGGGGCGGCUGGACCUCGCUUGCCCCUCGCCCGCGGUCCUUGGCGGCCCCCGCACCCGGACCCCCCGUGAGCUUGGAGGAGCCGCGGCCGGAGAGAGGGGCGCGGUGGCUUGGCACGGACGCUUGGCCCGGGACCUGAAGGCACAGCGCCCGCCCGGCGGGUCCCGCCCCGGCAGGGACGCAGGGACGCAGGGACCGCCCGCCCGCCCAGUAUCCCUAUGCGCGGUCCUCCCGUGCGCAGUCCCCCGCGCCUGGUCCUCCCGCGCCUGACCCUCCCCGCGCAGCGGCAGCCGAGGCGCCUGCAUCUCCUCCCUGCGCACUCCGUGCAGCCAUGGCCGCCUCCUCCGCGCGGCCCGCCGCCCUGGUCAUGCCAGCGCUGGCGCUGCUCCUGCUGCUGUGCGUGGGCCCAGGUGGCAUAAGUGGAAACAAACUCAAGCUGAUGCUUCAGAAAGGGGAAGCCCCUGCUCCCCCUACGACCCCGGUGGCUGUCCCGGAGAGCAGAGCCAAGGAGUUCCUGAGCGGCCUGAGGCGGCGCAAGCGGCAGCUGUGGGACCGCACGCGGCCCGAGGUGCAGCAGUGGUACCAGCACUUCCUGCACUUGGGCUUCGACGAAGUGAAAUUUGAGGAUGACAUCACCUAUUGGCUAAACAGAGGUCGGAAUGGGCACGACUACUACGAUUACCACCGGCGCCACCACGAUGAGGAUGCUGCGAUGGGUCCCUGGAGCCCCUAUGGCUUCAGGCACGGAGCCAGCGUCAACUACGACGACUACUGACCGUCACUCAGGCGGGCUCGGGGCCGCAGGCUCCGCACGAUGCCCGGGCUGUGUCUGCUGCGCCUGGUCUCGGUUCACCUUUCCUACCCGCUUUCUGUGGCCACAAAGGAAGUUAAAGCAAAGAACGUAAAUGCCUUUCGAGGUUUCAUGCAAGUACCUAACAAUGCAUUUCAUUUAAAAAUAGAAAUAAAAGCAUUUUGUUAAAAA